AUGGCUAGUUCGGCACUUCAAGUCUCUUCGGCAAAUUUGGACGCAUGUGUUGUCCGAGGAAAUCCCAGCCCUCCAGGAUCGAUAGGAGAAUGCAACCGCCUACUACAAAAGAACCAUGACUAUUAUCACAUGUUCUUUCGGGAGAUGGCCGGCAUGAACCACAUCUCCCACAGCCUCCUGACGUGUCUCGCCCUCGGCGCCGGCCCUGCAGAGCUCCAGGAUCGGUAUGACGACGAGGCUGCUGGGCAGCGGCCCAUGCCCCCUAUCGACGCCGAGCUGCUUGAGAAAUUGAGCGACCGAGACGUCUUCUUACAGACAAUGCACACCAAAGCACAGUACAAUACCUUCCUGCGCUUCUUUGAGCAGAAGAUUGCGGCUCAGGAGGGCGGUUGGAAAGCCGUCGUGCACGAGUACAUCUUCUCCCGCACAGAGGUGGCGGAGCGGAUGCUGUCCAGCCUCUUUGACGGCCUGUACCACCCCCUAAUCCACCUUGGCCUGGGCAUCGAGUUCGAGCUACCGGGGCUCGUCGCCGAGGCGCUUGCCCAGGCCGCUGCAAACGACGACAGCGACUUGCACAGGCUGUUCCAGAUGUGCGAGGCCGAGUCCCGAGGCUACACACAAGAAGAAACAUCAACCAAAGGCAAUGCCCAAAACGGGCCACUCGGCUCGCCGCCGUCGAUGCUGCAGCUACUGAACGAGAUGCGCAACGACAUCAAUAUCCGGACAGCGCCGCGAUGGUCCGACCUGGGGCUCAAGAUGCGGAACGGCGUGGUAGGCCGGGCGGGCCAGGCUUUCGCGCGGGUGGCUGGCCGCUUCCGGCUGGCCGCCGGUAGCAGGGGGGACACUGAUAGGGGAGAGGAAGAGCUAGAGAGGCGCACGGCUGAGAUGAUCAGUACAUGUGCCUUCAUGUGCGGCGCCGCGCAGUCUGAGGGCCGGAAGACCAAGAUCGACUUCUUUUGGAUGCAUGCCGUGACGAGCAGCAUCUUCAUGACUGUGCUGGCCGGCCAGGGCUCGUGGAUCUCGCUCGGGGACCGCGCCCGCCUCCUGGAGCACAAGGUCUACACGGAUCUUGCCUGGUAUGUGGCUUCAGGCAGUGUGCCUCUUAAUGCGGCCUAUAUCAACAAGUAUGCAGAGGCGGACCUAGAGACGCUGUCGUGGGGGUGGGAGGAUGUGUUUGGUGCAGUUGUCAAAGAGCACGACGAUGGCCACGCUGCCAAGUUCAUCCGCGCUCUCAAGAACGGCGAGUUGGUAACCGCCAAGUACCAGGACAAGGAUGACAAGGGAUUACCUUACUUCCCCUUGAAAGGCGACAUGUGGCUAAAGAUGGCAAGGAUGGGCCAUGUCACGACCAAGAGCAUGCCUAUAGAUCUCAAGUGGGUGAGAUUCACGGGUUAUGACGAGGCCUGGGAGCGACCCGAUUUGACUGAUUGA